GCGACGGACCCACUGAAGUCACCGGAUAAUCCUCGUGGCCACGGUCAGAAAAUGUGUGCUUUCUCGCUUGCAUGAAGGCAGGCUUCUGAAAUGAGCGCGGCAGAUUUCACAGUCAUCGUUUUCCGAGCGCGUCCGUACGUCCCGUCACCGUGAGAAGUUCGCCGACUGAGAAGGACUUGCUGAAAGUUUUCGACAGCGAGGUAGUGACGCGCAACUUACUGCGCGAUUCUAAGCGUGUACUCCAGGGCUGCAGAUAGUCGUGCUGUCAACAUCAGUGUGGUUAGUUGGCGCUGCAAGUUGAUCGCAACCGUGAAUCCGUGACUAGACAUACCAGUGUCCGUGGUUCUACACGUGGCCCUUCUUAGUUGCUAGCACUCUUCAUGGUGUGUGCGAUUGAAGGGCAACAGAGCUGGCUGAGUUUCGCGAUUCUUCACUGAGACAAUACAAUCAGCUUAAGUAAAAGGUGACAAAGAAAAAAAGGAAAAGAAAAACGAAAGGGAAAAGAGAAAGUGCGACAUACGUAACAACGCGAGAGAGCCGCUUUGGAACGCAGCAAUACGGCCCCGAGGCCGUCAUGGCGACGAGGAUUCUCCUGCAAGCCGUAUUACUCGGCAUCGUAUCGUCUGCCCUUGGAUAUUGGCGACCGUUUAUGUGGCCACAUGGAAAAGAAUUUGAGGAAAUGUGCAACAAGGUGUUCAACCACUCCGCAAUGUGUGACGAGGUAGUCGCGAGCGGCGAGACGUUCAAAAAGAAUAAAGGGAAGUACAAGCCCUUAUUGCCAUCAAGCUUAUUCGUGAGAACCAUACUGGAUUGCGUAGAAAGCACGUUGUCAAUAGCAGAGAUGCAGAAAGUUUGCGGUGACGGAGAGACGUUUAAAAAGGCAUUGCGGUGCUACAGGGAAAUUAUCAUGGACGUCACGCCUCCAGAGGCCCAGAAAAUUAUUGGAGAACUUGUGUCAGUAUAUGAGAAGUGCAUGCUGGGAUUAUUCAAUUCUUCGAUUACAUCUACGACGCCACCUACCGCUGGGUCAACAAUGGCAAAAUAAAGCUCUAGUAUUGAACGUA